AUGGCUUUUGAUACUACUGUUCCUCAAGAAUAUUAUGAUGAAAAUUUUAUUCCUGGUACUACCAAUAUUUUAACUGGUAAAACCACCAUUGAUGAAUCAUCAUCAAUAACUACUCAAAAAUCAUUAAAACGAGAUCCCAAAACUGGAUUAGUGUUAAUGCCUCAACCGACAUCAUCACCUAAUGAUCCAUUAAAUUGGUCUCCAUUUCGUAAAUUUGCUCAAUUGACAUUAUUAUCAUUUAUAACGGCAUUAACGGCAGCAACUUCAAAUGAUGCUGGUGCUACUCAAGAUUCAUUGAAUGAAAUAUAUGGUAUUUCUUAUGAUUCAAUGAAUACUGGUGCUGGGGUAUUAUUUAUAUUUAUUGGAUGGUCAUGUAUGUUUUUCGCACCAGCUUCUUCAUUAUAUGGACGAAGAAUAACUUAUAUUAUUUGUUUAUUGGCAGGAACUUUAGGUUGUGUAUGGUUUGCUCUUUCUAAAAGAACCGCCGAUACUAUUUGGUCACAAGCAUUUGUGGGGAUGAGUGAAGCUUGUGCUGAAGCUCAAGUACAACAAUCAUUAACUGAUUUAUUUUUUGCUCAUCAAUUGGGUACAGUGUUAACAAUUUAUAUUUCUGCUACUUCGAUAGGUACUUUUUUGGGUCCUUUGAUUGCUCAAUAUAUUGCUCAAGCUCAAACUUUCCGUUGGGUCGGUUGGUGGGGUGCCAUUAUAUGUGGUGCUACUUUGAUAGUAAUCAUUUUCGGUUGUGAAGAAACAGUAUUUGAUCGUCAAUUAUAUACCAAAGUAUUAGAAUCUGAAAAUGUUACUCAAAUUCCAGACCCAUCAGAAGAAAAGAAACAAGAUAACCCACUUACAAAUAAUACCAUUCCUCACGAGAAGAAAAAUUCAAUGGAACAAGAAUUAUCUCAUGAAUAUAUCACUGCAAACAAUAAUGAACAUGACGUUGUUCCAAUUGAUCCUGAAACUUUAAAUGAAAAGAAAAAAUCUUAUUGGCAAAGAAUAGCAAUCAUUACACCAGCACCUUAUUUACAAGGUUUAGGAUUUAAACAAUAUUUAGAACGUUUCAUUAUUUAUUUCAAAAUUUUCACAUUACCAGCAGUUUGGUUUUCCGGAUUAUUAUGGGGGUUACAAGAUACUUAUAUGACAUUUUUUUUAACUACUCAAGACACGUAUUUUUAUAAUCCACCAUGGAAUAAAUCAAAUGCUGGUGUAGCAAUUAUGAAUGUAGCUACAUUAAUUGGUGCUGUUAUUGGAUGCAUUGUUUCUGGGUUAUUUUCUGAUUAUCAUGUUAUUUGGUUAGCUAAACGGAAUAAUGGGAUAAUGGAAGCUGAAUAUCGAUUAUAUUUAUUAGUAAUCACUUUAAUCAUUUCACCCGUAGGGUUAAUUAUGUUUGGUGUUGGUGCCGCUAGAGAAUGGCCAUGGCAAGUGAUUUAUGUUGGAUUAGGUUUCAUUGGGUUUGGUUGGGGAUCAAUUGGUGAUACUUCAAUGUCUUAUUUAAUGGAUGCUUAUCCUGAUAUUGUCAUUCAAGGAAUGGUGGGAGUAAGUAUUAUUAAUAAUACUUUGGCUUGUAUUUUCACUUUUGCUUGUUCUUAUUGGUUAGAUGGAUCAGGAACACAAAACACAUAUAUUGCCUUGUCAAUUAUUGAUUUUGCUACCAUAGCAUUGGUUUUCCCCUUUUUAUAUUAUGGUAAAACAUUUAGAAGGAAAACUAAAAGACUUUAUGUUUCAAUGGUUGAAUUGACUCAAGGGAUGGGAUAA